AAACAUUCCACUGUAACAGUUCACCACCAAAAUCUCUCUUUUCCCUGUCUUUCUCUCACUUUUCCAACAGAGCAAGUAACCAAUUGAUUUCUAUUCUACAUUGUAGCAUCAGUGCAUAUGACCAUAUUCUAUCCAUUCCUUGCGCAAAAUCUUAUUUUGAACUCUGUAGUAUUUCUCUGACACCAAACCUCUCUUUCAGUCCAAGAUUUCCUUUUUAAUCUUUUUUUUUUCUUUUCCAAUUUUUCUAACUUCACUCUGUCACUUCCCACUUCUUUGCCUUGCUUUCCUUUGCUUUCAGGGCAAUUGUUGCAGACCAAAGAUUCAUACUUUCACUCUUAACUCUGCUUUAUGCCAUUAGUUUUGCCCCACAAAGAAAUCCCUUUUCUUUCUUUGGCCUUAUUUUCCAGUAUUCUUUAUUUUCUUAUCCUACCAGUGUAAGCUGAAUUCUUUGCUAAUUGCACCUUGUUUUCCUGUUUCUUGAAGAACCAACUUCUUCAUUUUCUUUAAAAUUUCUUGCUCAAUGUUAUUUUUGAUGGGUUCUUGGAGUUCUGGGGUUGUCUGAAUCAGCAACUGUUUCUUGAAGCUGUUAACGGACUUGGAGAAACAUGAGGAAUUUUGAAUUUCUUCAAGUCUUUUUACUGAGUCUAGGACUCAUUGCUGGGACUAAUUUGGCCUUUCCCUUAAACGAAGUUUAUGCCCUCAAGACCUUUAAAGAAGCUAUAUAUGAGGAUCCACUUCUCGUUUUGUCAAAUUGGCAAGCAUUAGAUUCAGAUCCUUGUGACUGGCCUGGCAUUUCUUGCUCAGUGGCUCGAGAUCACGUCAUCAAGCUAAAUGUUUCUGGAGCAUCUCUGAAAGGUUUUCUUGCACCGGAGUUGUAUCUAUUGUCUUCUUUGCAAGAACUAAUUCUGCAUAGCAAUUCACUGAUUGGUACAAUACCAAAAGAGAUUGGCUUGUUGAAAAAUCUCAAGGUCCUAGAUUUGGGUGCAAACCAGCUUACAGGACCAAUUCCUCCAGAGAUUGGAAAGUUAUCCAGCAUUGUGAAAAUAAAUCUUCAAUCGAAUGGGUUGACAGGGAGGUUGCCUCCAGAGCUUGGUAGUCUGAAAUACCUUGAGGAACUUCGACUUGAUAGGAAUAGGCUCCAGGGAACUGUCCCUGCCAGUAAUGGCUCAGAUUUUGCUGAUGAUUUACAUGGAAUGUAUGUCUCCAGUAUGCAGCCAACAGGUUUGUGCCGCUCAUCUCAACUAAAAUUUGUAGAUCUUUCAUACAACUUCUUCAUUGGAAGCAUACCAAAGUGCUUGGAAUAUCUUCCAAGGUCAAGCUUUCAAGGGAAUUGUCUGGAUGAUAAAGAUCCUAAGCAGCGCUCUGCAGUACAGUGUGUUACAGGUGGUGCUCCAACACCAAAAAGCCAUCCAGUAGCGAAUACCAGGCACCAUCCUGUUGAACAUAAUUCCAAGCAUCAGACCAGUACUUCAAGACCUGCCUGGCUUUUAGCCCUGGAAAUAGUAACUGGCGUGAUGGUUGGUGCUCUCUUACUCGUGGUUCUUGUCUCUGCACUUCAUAAGUGGCAAAACAGACCCUCCAUAAUUAUCCCAUGGAAGAAAUCAGCUAGUGGAAAGGAUUAUACAGCCAUUUUCAUAGAUCCUGAAUCACUGAGGGGUGUAACAAAGUUAAGCAGACAAGAACUGGAAGUAGCUUGUGAAGAUUUUAGCAACAUUAUUGGAUCCUCUUCAGAUAGCCAAGUCUAUAAAGGAACCAUGAAAGGUGGACCUGAAAUUGCUGUUAUAUCCCUUUGCGUCAAAGAAGAGCAUUGGACGGGCUUUCUAGAGCUUUAUUUCCAAAAAGAGGUGGCAGAUUUGGCAAGAUUAAAUCAUGAGCACACAGGGAAAUUACUGGGGUACUGUCGGGAGAGCAGUCCUUUCACAAGAAUGCUGGUCUUCGAGUAUGCAUCAAAUGGGACCUUGUAUGAGCACCUCCAUUAUGGAGAAGGUUGCCAACUAUCUUGGACACGGCGAAUGAGAAUUGUUAUUGGCAUUGCCAAGGGACUAAAGUAUCUGCAUACAGAACUUCAUCCACCAUUUACCAUAUCAGAAUUGAAUUCUAGUGCAGUAUACUUGACAGAUGAUUUUUCUCCAAAGCUGGUUGAUUUUGAAAGCUGGAAGUCAAUCCAUUCUAGAUCGGAAAAGAAUUCUGGCAGCAUCAGCAAUAUGCUGGUUGAUUUUGAAAGCUGGAAGUCAAUCCAUUCUAGAUCGGAAAAGAAUUCUGGCAGCAUCAGCAAUGAAGGUGCAAUUUGCGUCCUUCCAAAUGGUUUAGAGGCAAGGCAUCUGGAUAUACAUGGAAACAUUUAUGCUUUUGGAAUCCUUCUUCUGGAAAUCGUGAGCGGGAGACCUCCCUACUGUGAGGACAAGGGAUGCUUGGUGGAUUGGGCCAAAGAGUAUCUUGAGAUGCCAGAAGUAAUGUCUUAUGUGGUGGAUCCUGAGUUAAAACAUUUCAGAUAUGAAGACCUUAAAGUGAUAUGCGAUGUUGUCAACAUCUGCAUCCAGUCAAGUUCUAACAGUAGAACAUCCAUGCAAGACUUGUGUGCUAUGCUGGAAAGUGGUAUUGACACCUCCGUAUCUGCAGAGAUGAGGGCAUCUUCCUUGGCAUGGGCUGAGCUUGCACUUUCAUCAUAACUAAUAGGAAGCUGACACUGUAAAUCUGAAUAUAGACUUUAUAGUUUGCCUUUUACCUUCAAUUUUUCCCUCCUUUUUCUUUCCUUCUUGCUAGUUCUUUUAUAGAUUUGAGUGAAGUCAUGUACAUGCGUGCUAUAAGGACAGACAGUCUCACAUAUGACUAAUAUCAAUUAAUUGUAUACCGUUGGUCGGUUAGAGAUUUUGAUCGGUUAGAGAUUUUGAUGUCAAAUAGUAGAUGAACCCAUGUUGCAGAAGGUACUUCACUUCUUGAUAAUUGUUUAACACUUUUUAACCUUUUUAUGAA